CGCCUCUUCGUAACAUCCAAGAUGGCAGCCCCCUUGCUGUCCGUAUAUCGACGUGGAAAUGUCGAAGAAAAGCUUGCAGAAAGCGAAAACGAAAUUAUGGAGAAUUAUAAAGAAAGAAUUCGCUGAGAAAAACAUAAUUUUGAAUCCAAAUUAUCUAUGGAUUGCAGCAAUCAUUUUAAUUUUAGCAGAAAUUAUAGUGAAUGUUAUCAUCAUCACUAAGGUUCCUUAUACAGAAAUUGAUUGGAAAGCAUACAUGCAGGAAGUUGAAGGUGUAAUUAAUGGAACUUUUGAUUAUACAAAGUUAAAAGGAGAUACAGGUCCUUUAGUAUAUCCUGCAGGAUUUGUUGCCAUAUUUACAAUAUUUUAUUACUUCACUGAAUAUGGAAGAGAAAUUUUAACUGCUCAAUACCUGUAUAUGUUUCUUUAUUUAUUAACAGUGAUUAUGGUAUUCAGAAUUUAUAUUAAAAAUAAAAAGAUUCCACCGUAUGCACUAAUUUUUAUGUGUUGUACUUCUUAUCGCAUUCAUUCAAUCUAUGUCCUUAGACUGUUUAAUGAUCCUAUAGCCAUGUUGCUGUUAUAUGCUGCAGUGAAUUGUUUUAUAGCUAAUAAAUGGUCUUUAGGUUGCACGUUUUACAGUCUGGCUGUAUCAGUGAAAAUGAAUAUUCUUCUUUUUGCACCUGGGUUAUUAAUUUUAUUGUUGAGAACAAAUGGCGUGCAUGGAACAAUAUGGAAUCUUCUUCUAUGUGCUUUUAUACAGAUAAUAUUAGGACUUCCUUUUUUGUUAACUAAUCCAUUUGGAUAUAUAUUAGGAGCAUUCAAUUUAGGAAGAGUGUUUUUAUAUGAAUGGACUGUAAAUUGGAGGUUUUUACCUGAAAACAUUUUUCUUAAUAAAUAUUUUCAUAUAUCAUUAUUACUGAUGCACAUAAUAGUAGUUAUACUAUUCUGUUAUAAAUGGAUUAAAUAUAAUGACAUUAAUUUGUGGUCUAAAACGAAAAAUGAAACUGCACUAUCAGUAGAUCAAAUUUUAUGGCCUUUAUUUAUAUCAAAUUUUAUUGGAAUAGCAUUUAGUCGCUCUCUUCAUUAUCAAUUUUAUGUCUGGUAUUUCCAUACUUUACCAUACUUGUUAUGGUCUACAACAUUAUUGCCUGUGUCCAAAUUAUGUAUUUUAGGUGCUAUUGAAUUAGCCUGGAACACUUAUCCAUCUACAGACUUUAGCAGUUUACUUCUACACAUUUGUCACGCAAUCAUUCUUGUUAAAUUAUGGACAAAUCUACCAGAAAAAAGUAAAAUUGCGUGAAAAUAUAUCAUCUACAUAAAUGAAUUUAUUUUUUUCUUUUUUUUGUUUGGCCUUUGUUAAUUUUCUUAUCAGUUUAAAAUUGAAUUUAUUUUUGUCAAUAUUCAUUAUUUAACAUUGUUAUUUGUUUAAUAAGUUUAAAAAUAUAUAAAAUGAGAAAUUUGACUUGUCCAAGUCACUAAGUGUGAUCAAAAAAUUGGAAACGUGAUAAAUAAAUUUUUAAUAUUUUUAAUAUUAAUGUGUGUCACUUUUUUAACAAUUUAAAAAGUUUCAUCUUAUAUAGAAAAGUUUGUGUCUGUAUGUACAUAAAUAUUUUAAACCAUUUAACAAGGACUGAAAGUUUUUAAAUAAGCAUUUUUAAGUAUCUAACAUUAACCUUUAUACCAAUUUUAGUAACAUCAAAAUAAAGAUUUAAGAGUUUCAUACAAAAGUUAGAAAA